CUUCUUUCUUCUUUCACAAAAUACGCAAUACGCAAAAAAAUAAAACACAUUAAAAACACAUUUUCUAAAGACUGCGGCGUUGCGACCAUCCAUCAUUAUGAGCUACGAUUCCAUCAAUUUGCAGCCCAACUUCAAGCCAAUCGACAAUCUAUUUCUUAAUAGGUUGCGUCAGUUCACCGACGGAGGCAGGUACCUGUCGUUGAAUUUGCCGAAGUUCUAUGAUUUAGAAAGAGUGGACUCAAACACGGACGCCAUUGACUUGAAAGUGUGGCGCGUGCCGGACGAAAAUGGCAAAACGGCCCGUCCUUUAUUCCGCGAUAUCAAAUUCGAUGAAAUCGAGUGGAAGAACGCGAAAAAAGGCGAUAACUAUGGGCCCUCAUGGAAAACGUUUUGGUUUAGAAUUGAAUGGAAGAUUCCAGAGUCAUGGAUUUCAGCGGCGGAGGAGAUCGACUUUGACUGGGACUGUAGUAAUGAGGGGCUUAUAUACGACUCCCACGGCACGCCUUUGCAGGCCUUUACGGGUGGCGAGCGUACGCUUUUUAGAUUACCCAAGGAAUUCUGGAAAACCGAAAAACAGCUUUUCUAUUUGGAAAUUGCCUGUAAUGGUAUGUUCGGCAAUGGCGACGGCGGAACCCCGGACCCAAACAGGUAUUUCCGUCUCAACAGAUGCGACCUCGUGCUUCCUGAUGUGGAGGCCCGUAGAUUGUUCUGGGACUUUUGGAUUAUUGGCGAUGCCGCCCGAGAAUUGGGCCUGGGUGGCAGCAAGUACCAGGCUGCGCUGGUUGCAACCGAAAUUAUGGAUACUUUUGAUGCCAAUGACCGGGGCUCUAUUGCGAAAUGCAGAAAGAUCGCCUCCAAAUUCUUGGGUGCCCACAUCGACUCAGAUGAGGUUUUUCAUGUGAACCCAUUGAAUAAAAUUGAUGUCUAUGGAGUAGGAAACUGUCACAUUGACACGGCAUGGCUCUGGCCCUUUGCAGAGACUAGGCGUAAAAUUGUGCGUUCCUGGACAACCCAGCUCAAGAUUGCCGAUGAGUACCCGGAAUACAUAUUUGUUGCAUCUCAGAUGCAGCAAUUCAAGUGGUUGAAACAAGACCAUCCAGAAAUUUUGAAGAGAAUCAAGAAAAAGUUUGUUACCAAUCAGUUUCUUCCAAUUGGCGGGUCCUGGGUAGAGAACGACACCAACAUGCCCGGCGGAGAGUCUCUUAUCAGGCAGUUUCUCUUGGGUCAAAGGUGGUUGCUCGAUGAAUUUGGAGCUCCUUCUACGGUGUUUUGGCUCCCGGACACGUUUGGGUAUUCCUCGCAAAUACCCCAGAUAUGCCAGAUUUCGGGUAUCGAGAAGUUUCUCACCCAGAAGCUCUCAUGGAACAACAUCAACACCUUCCCGUUGUCCACCUUCAACUGGAAGGCGAUCGACGGUUCUCAAGUGUUGGUCCAUAUGCCGCCAGCAAAUACGUAUACCGCCAGUGCCAACUUUGGAGAUGUGGUGAGAUCCCAAGGGCAACACAAAAAUUUGAGAGAUGUCCCAACGGGUCUUCUUCUCUAUGGGCACGGAGAUGGAGGCGGCGGCCCCACUGAAGAGAUGUUGGAGAAGUUGAGAAGAUGCAGAGGAAUGGCAAACACCAACGCUGCAAUUCCUUCCGUACACCUUGGAAACACGGUUGAAGAGUUCUACGACAACGUCUUAGAGAGAUCCGAUAACGGGAGGAGCCUUCCUACUUGGACAGGCGAAAUCUACUUGGAGUUUCAUAGGGGAACUUACACCACACAGGCAGACGUCAAGAAAUGGAUGAGAUUCUCCGAAAUUAAGAUGCACGACUUGGAACUCCUCGCCACACUUCUCUCGAUCACUACAGCUUACAAGUACCCAACAAAAGCUAUCCAUGAUCUUUGGGAGGACAUUGCUUUGUGCCAAUUCCAUGAUGUUUUGCCUGGGUCUUGCAUUGGAAUGGUUUACUACGAGGAAGUGAAGCCAAUGCUCACCAAAGUAAUGAAGACUUUGGAUGAGCUUUUGGAAGAUGCUCUUUCCUAUAUGGAGAAGGAAAAAAGAGCGGAAAUUGUUGGUAUCAACACAUUGCCUUGGGACCGAACCGAGUUGAUUUCAGUACCGCACAGGGAAAUUGAAUCUUUGAACCUCGACAACAGGUUGCUAAAAAUUGAAGACAGAGACACAAUAAAGCUUGGGUUUGAUACCUGUACAAACAGCUUUAUUAAAAAAGGCGGGCUUAAGUACCCUGCUUCGAUUAAGGCUGUUGAUAACAAGGAAUUUAUUCUAACCAAUGGGCUCCUUGAAGCAAAGAUAACGGCAAACGGUGAAGUCAAAUCGUUGUAUGAUUUGAAGGCCGAUCGAGAGAUUAUUGAUCAAACAGCCACAAAGCAAACAGGUGGUGUUGGGAAUCAAUUCGUGCUUUUUGAUGAUGAGCCGUUAAGCUUCCCCGCCUGGGACACCGAGAUAUACUCACUCAACAAGUUCUCUUAUUUGACCAAAGGAGAGAUUUUGUCUGUUUCCAGCGACCCCCUUGAGUCGAAAUUAGUUGUGAAGCACAAGAUUUCUUGAAAUUCUCGUGUCAUGUGGACUGGCACGAGUUUUACAAGUUUUUGAAAGUUCAAUUUCCCGUCACAAUCCACACUCCCCAG